CAACAUUGAUUAAUCCAACAUUGGUCCUUCGAGUAAGAAGCAGCAAAAUGUAAAUGCCGCAGCAACCAGGAAAUCGUAUUCCAAUUCAUAAAUUUACGUCGAGGUGGUGAAGGUCAAGCAAGCAACGAAAAUCGCCAUUACGCCCAUUCCGAAUGCGCGCAACGGAAAAUUCCUUAAAGCUUAAACGAAAACUAUAAGUAAGCUUACACGGGUGAGUCCAUUUAUCAAGUAUCCUGUUUCCUAUUAUACAAAAAAGAAUUAUAUUUCAUUGGUAAGUCGGUACUAGUCUAGUCCUUGUCUUGAAUCGGACUUCAACGAGUUCAAUGGCAGAAAAUCAUUUGAAGUUGUUAAGGUGUAAAAGGGGCGGAUUGAAAACACAAUUAACGUGCUUCGAAAAGGUAUUAUUAAAUUUAAAUGUAGACAAUUUAUCCAGUGAAAUGAUGUUAAAUUUAAAACAAAGGCUGGAAAAAAUUGAACCAUUGUUAGAUGUGUUUAAUGACAUUCAAAAUGAAUUGGAUUUACAAUUAAGUACAGAUGACUGUGAGGUUAGUGAAUCGGAGAUUGAAGAGCGCGAAAAAUUCCAGAAUUCUUAUUUUUCAUUGUGUGCUAAAGCUAAAGAUUUAUUGUUAUCGCAAGAUGAUUCACGGUCUCACGGAUCAUCACAAGUUAAUAUUGCUGAAGCUGAUGGUUCUCAAAGACAACCGAAAUUCAAUAUUAAAUUACCGGCGAUAAAAUUACCAGUUUUUGAUGGGACAUUUACGUCCUGGAGAAGUUUCUACGACUCCUUCAAUUCACUUAUUCACUCUAAUACAGAAUUAACUAACGUACAAAAAAUUACGUACUUAAAGACGUCUCUUAAAGGCGAACCACAUGGGUUAAUUGCCACACUAGAAACUACAGAUCUAAAUUAUGAAAUUGCAUGGAAUAUUUUGUUAAAACGAUACAAUAAUAAACGGAGAAUCAUAAAUAAUCACGUGCAAAAUAUUUUAAACAUUCAAGUGGCGAGUCGUGAAUCGGCAUCCUGUUUACGAGACAUAAUUAAUACAAUUCAAAUGCAUGUGAAUUGUUUGGCUUCGUUAGAUCAGGCUACUGAUCAAUGGGACGCAUUGCUGGUUCCAAUUAUUUUAAACAAACUAGACAGUCAAACCAUCAAGGAGUGGGAAACUAAAUUAAAUAAUGAGGGAGACAAUGAAAGCGUUCCAACUUUUUCAGACUUGUUGGAAUUUCUAAUAAAUAAGCAAAACAUAUUAGAAACAAUAGCAAUUAAAAAAUCAAGUGAAUCUACACGUUGUCAAUCAAUAGGGUCCCAAUCCCAAGUAAACUCACGUAAUACAACAAGGUCUUUUGCAACAGUAGAAUCCAAAUGUUUAAUUUGCGAUGCAAAUCAUUCAGUACUGAAUUGUGAAAAAUUUCUAAAGCUAGACAUUCCUGCACGAAACAAAAGAAUCCGAGAAUUGAAAUCAUGUAUAAAUUGUUUUCGGAAAGGCCAUUUCGUAUCUAAUUGCAAAUCUACCGCCACCUGUAAGAAGUGUAACAGGAAACAUCACACGCUAUUGCAUUUGGAAACCUCCAAUAAGAUUGUUAGCUCAAAUCAUUCAGGUACACUAGUUGAGGAACCUCAAGAAGAGGUUACCAUAGUUAAUACGUGCGUUUUACCAAAGGGCACUGAAACUUUACUAUCUACAGCAUUAGUUUAUAUUAAAGACGCUUUGGGUAAUUUCCACAAAAUACGAGCACUUCUCGACAGUGCUUCACAAUCUUGUUUCAUAACAGACGAUGUAUGUAAGAAAUUAAAAUUAAAAGAGACGGCGGUGAACAUUAGUGUGGUAGGAAUGGGAAAAGGAUCACUUAACGUUACAAAUAAGGUUACAGUGUCAUUUAAAUCAUGUCACAACAAUUUUGGAGGCACACUUCAAUGUUUAAUAGUAGAUAAAAUAACUUCUGCACUUCCAACUUGCUCAUUUGACGCCAACGCUAUCAGCAUUCCGGCUAAUAUCAGAAUUGCAGAUCCUGAAUUUAAUAAGUCGCAGGGAGUAGAUAUGUUAAUCGGAGCUAGCAUUUUUUGGUCACUUGUUUGUGUGGGGCAGAUCCAACAAAACGGAUUGACAUAUCAAAAAACAAAGUUAGGAUGGGUCAUAUCAGGUGAGAUAAAAGACGAAAGUUUUGAUGAAGGAAAUAUAAAUAUAUCGUGUCUAUCAUUAAACAGCUUGAGCAAAAGCGUUGAAAGGUUUUGGCAAACGGAUGAAUUUUGUUCAGCAGAGAAAGUACUCACUGCAGAACAGCAGUACUGUGAGGAUUAUUUCAAUCAAACUACUAAACGUGAUUCUUCUGGAAGGUAUAUUGUUAAAAUACCUUUCAAACCUACUUUAAACAAAUUGGGCGACUCUUAUGACACUGCUUUAAAUAGAUUUUAUGCCUUGGAGAGAAGGUUAAACAACAAUCUGGAAUUAAAACUUUCAUAUUCUAACUUUCUUAAGGAAUACAUUACCUUAAAUCACAUGACAAAAAUUGAGAAAGAUAAUCAGGUAGCCUUCUACAUGCCACACCAUUGCGUUCUCCGAGAAACAAGUGAAACAACUCGUCUCAGAGUGGUGUUCGAUGGGUCAUGCAAGCUUACGAAUGGACUGUCCAUUAACGAUGUUCAAUGGGUAGGCCCAAAGUUGCAAAAUGAAGUAGUUUCAAUUAUUGCUCGAUUUAGACUUUAUUCUUAUGUUUUAACUGGGGACAUUACAAAAAUGUAUCGCCAGAUUCAAAUACAUCCUGAACACAAAAAAUAUCAAAGAAUUUUAUGGAGGGAAAAUGAAAGUGACGAAUUAUCAGUAUAUCAGUUAAACACUGUUACAUACGGUACGGCGGCGUCUGCGCCAUAUUUGGCCAUUAGAUGUUUGAUUCAAACUGCACUAGACAAUGAAAAAGAAUUUGGUUUAGAAGCUCAAAUAAUUAAGGAAGACUUUUACGUCGAUGACCUUAUAACAGGGUCCGACAAUCUACAGACAUUAAUAACUAUUAAACGCAAUAUACAACAAAUUCUAUUUACUGCAGGGUUUUCUUUGCAAAAAUUUAAAAGUAAUGUCAAGGAACUUAGGGAUGAUACUGAUAAUAAAUCAUUAAAACUGUCUGAUAAUCAAAAUAAAGCAUUAGGGGUAGGCUGGAACCCGAAACAAGAUUCAUUUUUUUACUGUUUUAAUUUUUCUGAAAUACCAGGACAAAUUACCAAACGCACAAUUUUGGCAACUACUGCACAAAUGUAUGAUCCUCUUGGUUUACUGGCUCCAAUAAUCAUUACUGCAAAAUUGAUGGUCCAAGAAUUAUGGCAAAUUAAAUUAACAUGGGACGAAUCAGUUCCUGCUUAUUUGCAUACAAAAUGGUUGACGUUCAAAACUAAAUUACAUUAUAUCAAUGAAAUAAUAAUUCCGAGACAAGUUCUCAUAUCAGAUUAUAAGGUAGUUGAAUUACACGCAUUUUCGGACGCAUCUCAAAGGGCAUUUGGAGCGUGUCUUUAUCUAAGGUCUAUCGAUGGUUAUGGUAGAGUAAAGGUAGCACUUUUAGCCGCAAAAUCUAGGGUAGCGCCAUUAAAAAAUGUCACAUUACCGCGACUUGAGUUGAGUGCAGCAGUUUUGGCAGCUCAAUUAACCGAUAAAUUUAAAAAUAUAUUACGAAUAGACAUAAACAAACAAUAUUAUUGGUGUGAUUCCAUGAUUGUACUGGCGUGGCUAAAAAAUAAUCCAAAUAAAUGGCAAACCUAUGUUGCCAAUCGUGUUGCUGAAAUACAGAGAUUUAGUAACCCGGAAAAUUGGUAUUAUGUGAAAUCAAGUGACAAUGCUGCAGAUUUAAUUUCACGUGGUAUGCCACCGGAGCAAUUCGUUAAUAUUGAGUUGUGGUGGAAAGGACCUAAUUGGUUAUCGGAGUUAGAAGUCCCUAUUAUGAGUGUAGACAACCUCGUGGAAUACCUUCCUGAACAAAGGAAAGUAAAAAUACAAUUAUUUCAAACUAGUACGCAAGAAAAUACGUUUCCAUUUAAAAAUUUUUCGUCAUUAACGAGACUUAAGAGAGUAAUAUCAUAUUGUAUGAGAUUCAAAAAGAAUUGUUUAUAUUUAGUGAUAAUGGCACAACAUUCAUUGGUGCCAACAAUGAACUGAAGGAAUUAGGAAAUUUCUUAAAAACUUGGUCUGUCGAGAUAGAAGAAUCCCUCGCCAUGUAUAACGUUAAGUGGCACUUCAUACCUCCUCGAUCUCCUAAUUUCGGUGGUCUAUGGGAGGCCGGGGUUAAAAGGGUCAAGUUUCAUCUUAAAAGAAUUUUAAAAAAUACACCACUGACAUAUGAAGAAUUCACUACCAUACUCGUUCAGAUAGAAUCCUUAUUAAACUCUCGUCCAUUGACACCGUUGAGCUCUGAUCCAAAUGAUUUGGAGGUACUGACACCGGCACAUUUCCUUAUUGGAAGAUCCUUUCUUACUAUUCCCGAACCCGAUGUAAGCGAUAUCCCGGAAAAUCGAUUAACACGGUAUCAACUCCUGCAAAAAUUACACAUUCAAUUUUGGAAGAAAUGGUCCAGAGAAUAUAUUAACCAAUUACAAAACAAGACGAAAUGGAAAGACGGCACUUACCCGAUUCAGAUUGGUACGAUGGUACUUCUAAAAGAAGAGCAGCUUCCACCCGCAGAUUGGAGACUCGCUCGUGUGACGCAAGUUCAUCCAGGUCCCGAUGGUGUCGUGAGAGUAGUGACGGUAAAAAGCAAAUCAGGGGAUUUCAAGCGGUCAGUGCGAAAAGUGUGUGUUCUGCCGAUUGAGAAUCAAGUCACGACAACAAACGAAGACCGUUUAUCAAGUGAAAAUUAACAAUGUUCAUUCACAUGUUUUCUGCAUAAUGCAUUAUUUUUUGCUUGUAUUAGUAUUAAGAGUGCAUGUACUACAUGUUUUUCCUAAAGUGGUAUAAUCAUAUUUUAUAAUGUUUUGCUAUAUGUUCACAUUUGCCUACAAUAUGUACUAUUUUGUUAAAUUCGUUCAUAGGCUCUGGAGGGGCCAGUUAUGUUAAGUUCUUUAUAUCAUCACUGAUGUAUAUUGGGUUGCGGACCAUGAUUUGCCGUACGCAAUCGUUUGCGCACAUCGUCAAUUAUUUUAUUCAUUCAUGUAACAAGUACCUAUGCACACGUAAACGUCGUUGGUUACAUUCCAAUUAUUAAUAAACGUAUUCAAAUAUCAA